UGUAAUUUGACAUUUAUUCUCUUUAUUUCAUUAUAAUUUUACUAUAUUAUUGUAGUAUAAGGUGUGUGGAUUAUGCUGAAUUGAUCUGCUCGUAAAUAGAAAGUGUGUAAACGACAGAAAGUUGACACAGAUGUGAAGCUUUAAUUUUAACAGUGAUAAGUUGAAACUAGGAAGAUGGUAUCAACGAGACAGCAGAGCAACGUGGGUGGAGGCAACUCUUCAUCUUCCUGCCUGUCAGCGGCGCAGUCGCAGUCUUCUGCGCAUGCGAACUCCUCGUGUGCAUCCUCGUCGGACACCUCGUCGACGAGCAAGUCGUCCCGGCACCACCUGACAUCCGCGGCGGCCUCCUCAAGUUACCAUCAUCAUCACCAGGAUGUCACCAGUACGGUCGCCGUACAGUCCUCAUCAUCAUCAUCAUCAUCAUCAUCAUCAUCCUCGGCCAACUUGCAAUUGUUUGAUCUGCCGCAUGAGGUGCUCGAGAAAAUACUCAGCUAUAUUGGCUACAAAAAUGUGUCGCAGUUGCGUUUGGUGUGUCGCCAUCUAGAUCGUGUAUGCAGUUCAGUUUUAAAUUUAACGUUUCAAAGGCUACAGAAUCAAAUGCUUCAUAGGUUUCAAGCGAUAAAAGCGAAAAUGCCGCGGCGUGAAUCGGCAAGACGCACGCACCCACUGGCCUGUGAGUCGGACAUCAUAGAAACACUGCACAUGCGACUCACACUCUUGCAGAUGUCCUUCGGCAAGCACAUCGAACGCAAACACUGCUGUUUUUUCGCCGGAGAGAUAUUGGAUGAAGUGUACCGAAUUCUGCAUUACAUCAAAGUGACGCCAAAACUAGCGCGGCCUUACAAGGUGACUGACGAGUUGUUUGACCUGUCCACAAUGGCCAUGGAAUACUUCAAGGAGCACAUAGAGCCCACGCUGCCCGAGAUCGCUUACUUCGGAUCUGAAUUUCUAGAUUUCAGUUCGUCUUUACCUAACUCGCCACCACACGGCAGCCAAAGCAAGAGUGGAGACGAAUCGCCAGGCCACUCCAACAGCCACAAUUCCGACGAAAAGCCCCCCGAACCCUGCGUCACGCCCCAGUCCAACAUCAUGCUGCGUAAGCGCAUAAGGAAAAUCAAACAGGGCAUGAAAAGGUAUAGUUACCAGCUUGGACUGAUGCGCCGCGAGCUGCGACACUGCAAGGGCAAGAUAGCCGACCAGCAGAAGCAGAUCGUCGAGUAUGGCAGUCGACUCGACGAGAAUGACAAGAAGAACGAGGAGACGUCCAGAAAAUUCAGUACUGUUUUGCAGGAAUUGAACAAGUGCAAAACAGAGCUGCAGUACUGGCGGUCCAAGUCGCCUUCCAACUCGUCGUGCAACUCGGUCUGCAUGGAGUGUGUGCUGCCAGUGGGCGGGGGCGGGGUGGCGGUGAGUGGGGUGACAGGGGACGGGACAAGUCACGCCCACUUGCUGGCUGGCCACGGCCACUGCCUUGCGCACCACGGCGGGGCGGCAGGAGAGGGGGCAGGUCACGCUCACUUGCUGGCUGGCCACGCCCACUGCCACACGCAUGCGCACCACUCGUCUGCGGCCGAGCUGCUGGCUGCAUCCGACGUCGGCUUUGACGGCGCUGCCGCGUCUGCGUUUCCGGCUGCGCUGCCUGGUACCAGUGCCGAAGAGGUGUGGAACGCGGCCGCUUGGGGCGCCAGCGAGCAGGACAACAAAACUGCGGCGGCACAGCCAGAAGAGAUGCCGCUAGUGCAGCAGACGGGUGGGGCGGCAGGCGGAAGCGGCGACCAGGGCGGGGCCACCAAACGCAAGGCCAGCGGCCAAGACAUCCGCUCAGCCAAGGGCGCCAAGAAACCCCGCGCCGGAUUCAAGUUCCGCAGCAAGCGACUUUAGAGCAGCUCACUCACUCUCUCACUCUCUCUCUUCUCUCUCCCCUAUCUCUCUCUUAUGUCCCCCCUUGCCUCCUUAUGGCGAGUAAAUGAUAUGGCAAGCUGGGUAGCUAAUGUCACACAUUGAUCUAAAAUGCCGCAAGAUAUUUCUAAUUUAGAUCAAGAUUUCAAAUGAAAUUAAUCCAAGAAUUGAAUAUUUUGAGAAUAUUUGUAUAAUAUUAUCUUGAAGAUAAGGCGAGCAAAUGAUCACAGGUUAAGCUGGGUAGCUAAGGUCACACACAAUGGUCUAAAAUGCGUCAAGAUAAUUUCAAUUUAGGUCAAAGUUUUCAGAUGAAAUUAAUUCCAAGAGAUUAAAAUAAAAAAAACUCUUACAAUAUCUGAAAGAUAUUCUAACUUUAAGUCAACUUUUUUAGAUUAAAUUCAUCCUGAAAUUGUUAUAAUAAUAAAUAUCGAAAAGGUGUUGAAAUAAUAUUUAAAAUUCACGUCAACUUUUUGUUUUGCGGUUAUUUGCAAAGGGUUUGAUUUUAGAUACGCUUCUAUUUUUUACAUAUCUAACGGGCGUCAAGAUUAACCUCCAAUGUGGAGUUUAUAUGAACCUUCUAAGAUAAAAUUCCUCCAGAAAUUUGGAAAAUAUUUAAAAUGGAACAAGUAAUAUACUAGAGAAAAUUUCGUAAUUCAUUUAUCAUGGGUUUUUUCAAAACCCGUAUUGUAAACCUCUUUUUCAUGAAAAUGAAAAAUGAAAUUCUAAAUGCUGGUAACUUAUGUAAAAUUAAAUUCCAGGGUUUCUCAAAUAAAUCUUACAAAAGACAAAUUUUCUGAAGUCUCAAAAUCCCCUAAAAAUAGAUUUUAAAUUCAAAAAUUAAAAAAAUUAGGCAAACUCAAGUUAAAUGUUUAAACACAAAAUUUAUUUCUGUAGAUUGAAUGUAUUCUGUAAAUUAAUGUUGAGGCAUUGUAAUGGUUGUAAUUUGAAAAUGAUUUUUGAAAAAUCCGUUUCAGAUAGUAGAAGUAAAAAUAAAAAACUUUAUUUUGAAAACUUUAAUAGAAUUAAAAAUAAAAAUCUUUAUAUUGAAUAUUUUAUUACAAAAUGGGAUUCUCAGACUAAAAUUAUUCCAGAAUUAAUUUUAUCCCCAGACAUUAAAAAAUCGAAUUAACAGUUUCAAAUUCUUGACAUAGACAUUUUGUAUAACAAUUCAAAAUUAUAAUUCAUGAAAAAUCUUUACUAAUCGCAGUUAUUUCUAUUAAAUUGUGACUUGCAUGUUGAGAAGGAUCAAAUUUUACUAUGUUGACUACUGUUUAGCUAUGCUAUCGCUAGGUGUCCAGCUAUGCUCAAUGCCCAUGAGUGUUUAAUUGUGCAAUCUGCAUCACUACCUGUUCACUGCAUGCGGUAGAUGAUUAAUUUAAGAACUGUUGUGAAUUCAUAGCUUACUCGGAGAAUAUAACUUCUACCUCGUCAUAAGGUGUAUAAAGAAAUUGUCCAAGAAGAAAAUGAAUCACUUACGUAUUCGUAUGAAGAAUGCCGGCUUAGUUUUAAAUGUGUGUGGACUGUUGUAUAGAGGAUGCUCUUAUGUAAACCUAGAACAAUGUAAUGAAGAACAUAACCUCUUAAACAGCAUCUGGACUCGACGUCAGUUCCUUAGCACCACUUAUCAAUAUCAUUAUUUCAAUCUCAUCCUAAUGCAUCAAUACAUUAUCAUCAUCAUUAUCAUCCCAAAUUCAUCAUCUCGCCAAAUAUGUUGUUGAUUGAUAUUAUUAGCCUUGUUCUAUUCAUAGGAUAUUGUAUGAAAUACAAAUAUGAUCGAGUUCUGUCAUGUAGAUAAAUUGAAUUUUAAUGAAAGAUAGGAAUUUCAAUUAGUUCUUUAACCAAGUCGAAAUUUUUCGAAUUGUACGAGACAAUUUCUGAAAUUAAUUAGCUGUAUUUCCAAUUAAUUUUCCUUACUAUAUGCUAUUCCGACUACAUCAUCAAAGAAGUUCGCAUUUCGUUUCAAUGAAAUCAACUCUUCUUUGCGACACUAGAUCUCAGCCUCUGCCAGUUAUCUAUGUUUCUCUUGCUCAGCGCAUUUAUUUUGCCCACUUUCGCUUCAAACUUCAUGUUGUCACCUAAAAUAAGCUGUAUAUCUUCAUUAAGCACCACUUCCCUCAACAUCGCAAUAUUCUCGAUUCUGCGCAUCAGCUUUAUCUCAGUAUACUUGUUGAUUAGCUUCGAAUGAUGUCUUGCUCGACAUCCAUUUCGAUCAGAUUGCUUCGCAUUAACAACGUUGAUUUGACACCAAUUUUUCAAUCUUUUUGGCGAGCUUUAAAAUACAUACGAUUGAAAAAUUUUAAGAAUAUAUAGGUCUGGUUUCAGCUAACUGCUGCGUGAUGGUUCUUAUUUUAUUUUGAAAAGUAUGUAGCUGUUUUGAAUCUCUAGUAUCAAAUUUAUUAAAUUCUCUUUUGUUCAUCUUGGCUUAGUUUUCCGUUGAAUAGAGUUUCUUGGAAAAAUGUUAUGAUUCCUUUAAUAAUCUCUGUUAGAUGUCACAGAAAGUUCUGUUGAUGUCCCAAGUUUUGUUAGAACUUGGGGGGCCUACUUUUCGGUGAAGGAGUAUAAUGGUAAUCGAUGGUUUCAAUUGGUAUCAAGAGGUCGUAGAUUGUAAUCCGAAAUUUGAUCGUUUAGGUGCAUUCUAAACUGGUAGAUGAAUAAAAACAGAACGUCUUAUAAAUUUGAAUUUUAUAAAAGUAUUAUCAAGUAGCAAAAAUCUCAUUGAUUUGAGUUUUGUUAUCCAGUAUUUUGCCUCAUUUGAUACAUUGUUUGACCUGCAAGAUUUUAUUUUAUUCAAAAGGAAAAUUGUCACUGAGGUCGAAUUGAAUUUCUAAUGGAAAAUAAUAUCAAAUGAGCGUAUCUGAACUAAAAUUUACUUGAUUAUUUCUGUUUCCAAUACUACAGAAUUUUUUUGUCUGUUUGAACAAUUAUCAACACUCUAUUUUAUCUAUUCUAUUGUUUAUUUUUGUACAGAUUUUAAUAUCCAAAUGUCCCAUUAUUUCUGAUUUGUUAGAAAUUAUAUUUAUAUUUCUUCCCAUUAUACUGAUCAAGUUGGAUAUUGGAAAAAGUUUUGGGAAAUGUUAAAAGUUCACAUAGCCGUUGUAAAGUUCGUGUAAAAAUAUGUAAAUUUGAGCAGAAUUAUUAUUCCUGUGUGUUGAGGCUCAUUCAAUAUAAUUGAAAAGGUCAAUUUUCCAUUAACGGUUUUCACUUAAACAAUAUUGUCCUUUAAUAUUUAUUCUUGUGAUGUCUGCUUCAUACUUUCAAUUUUACUCCGGCAAUUUUCAUUGCAAUUUUGUUUCUACUGCAACGGCAGGUGAAGGUAAAUCAAUAUUUUGACACUUCGUCGUUUUUUGUUUUUACAUUGAAAAGAUUCAUGAGACAUUCAGAAAUUUUAUUAAUGGUAGAUUCAUUGUUUUUCCCUCUAAAUAGCUUUCAAACUUGGAGGAGAAACUGCCCUUAUAAAGGGUCUCCUCACCAAAAACACCCUCACCAAUAUUAAUAAAAUCGUUCUAUUUAUAUGACUAGUAAAUGGAAAAUUAACCAAUAGAAGAUGAGUAUCCAAUUCCGCAAUUUUCUUGACUGUUUUUAAAAACGGUUCAGUCAUUGAAUGAACUGUUGUUAGCUGUAAGCGUACAUCUUGCCAAGAAAACUAAAUACAUUUAAUGUAGCUUAUCGCUAUUUUUCCUUAGGUGGUCAAGAAUGUCUUAUAUAUGCAUACAUUUUUUUUAUUCGACAAAUUAGGUAUUAGUUUUUUGUAAGAAUGUUUUGAAGAAGUCGCAUACGAAGUGCUCGAUGUUGACGUUCAAGGGCCAAGCCACACGAGGCAUUUAUUCAAUCGGCACGACAGGACAGGAAGCUCACUCGAUACGUGAACCCAAUCAGACAAUCGGAGAACCUCCUGCCCUUUCGUGCCGACUGAAUAAACGCCUCGUGUGCCCCAAAUGUAACGAUAUUUUUCUGUUUGAUCUCGUGAUUCAGGAGUGACAAUUUGGCGUCAAUCGUUUUUAGAAACAUCACACAUCAUCAGUUUAUGUUGACUGGGUUGAUUCUCGGUGAUGUCGGUGAUAAUUGUAAGGAUAGUUGUAGUAAUGAAUUGAAUUGGACCAUAGCUGGGUCAAGGUGUUCACAAAUUGAGCGAGAUAGAAGUAUUAAAUCUUUAAUUUUUUGGUUAAAUAUACAAUUUUACCAUUUUUUAUAAAUCUGAAAUUUUACCAUUUUUUAUAAACCUAAAAUUUUACUUUUUUUGUAAAUAAAAAUGUUUCUAUCAUCAUCUCAAUCUCCUUUUCUCUGCAUUUCUCUCUAUUACUUUGAAGUUAUUCGCUAUCAUCUUCUAGUAUUUCACGGUAACCAGAUUUUUCUGAGAAUUUACCAUUUAUUUAUUUAGAACGAAUUGGUCUUCUAUUUCAUUAAUCUUGCAUUGAACUGUAACUGACGGGAUUGAAGUGCUAUUAAUAUAUUGAACAGCUUAUACAACUUAUAGAAAAUUUUAUUUUUAUGUAUUCUCCCAAUAUGCCACUUGACUGAUACUUUUCUUAUUCAAUUGAGGUUUUGAUACCCACUCGAUGCAGUAAAAAGAGAACAAAGUUAUCUUUCUCAACUUUUGCGGGAAAACUUGGCAAUAUCAAUAAAUAAUCAAUGAGGAUAGUUAUAAUUUAACAACCUAACAAACUACUGCUGAGUUUUUUAGGAGUAAAUGUAUAUUAUUUUGUAACUUUACCAAUCUCGCUCAAUUUCUGAAUGCGUGUCCCUUUAUAUUAGUUAAUAGAUUUAAAAAAUCGCUAGAGAUAAUAUUAUAUUGUUUUGUGUGAGUGUGUGUGUGUGUUGUAUCAACGUGCACAUGUACGUGAAUGAGUUGAUGCGCAAAUCUAUGUUUUGGUAGGUUGGUAUCUUGUAAAUAUCUCAUUAUAUAGGUACAUAUAUUAUUAAAUAUAUUUAUGUUAUUAAUCAAUUCGAAUAUAGUGAAAGAAUGGAUAUGAGUAUGAUAAACUUUACGGUCAUUGAUAGAAAAUGCAGUUCGGUUGAAGAGCUAACAUCAUGAUGGCAAAUCAUAGGAAUAGCUUCUGUCGUGCUUGUUUGUAGUGUACGAAGGCUGUUCAAUAUAAUAUAUUCACUGACAUGGGAGAGUUUUUGUCAUCACAGCUAUCCUUUUCUAGCUUCACAGCGUUGUCAGAUCGUUUUUUAAUAAUUUAGAAAUAUAAUUGAUUAACAAAAUAUUUUAUCUCAAUAAAUUGAGAUAAUUUAUUAUUUAAUCAUUGACAAAUAUUUUUUCUUGAUGAACAAAAUUUGAUUGUAAAGAAGAAUGAACAGUUAAUAUUACAUCAAAUAUACCGGUAUCAGCUUUCCUCUUUAGAAGGCAGUGGCAAGGCAGAGAAUCGGCAAUGCUGUUCUCCUAUAUCUUCCUCCACUGCUAUUAUAACCUGGACCUCACUAUAAUCGUUUACAUUAGUUAUUAGGCGCCGUGCUCUUGGUUCUUCUACCGUCGGAAUGGUUUGAGGACAGCUCAGCAAACAUGCAGUUAAAAACUUCAAAAUAGCUUCCUUGUGGUUCGGAACUUACCUAAAUUCUAGAUUCAUUCAUGUUUCGUAAUUAUCCUUCUCAUUUCUAACGCACAAGCUGAAGUUCUGUUUGAGGUUUUCCUGAGCAAUGCUUAACAUUCUUGACAUGAUGGAAGGUAAAUAAAUUACGGUAUCAAAUUUCAUUUACAAUUCUGAAAGUUUUCCUUCACCAACCUUGUUUUUCUACAAUAUCAGGAAAUUUUUUAUUUGGACGCAAUCAAUAAACUACUGAAAAAUUAGAAUACAACUAAAUAUAGUAUACAACUAAAUUUCUCUCAGCUCGCACAUUACUCUUUAAAGUGUAAAAUAACUAUACUUUAUAUCAUGCUAAUAACAUGCUAUAUGCCACUUAUUUGGGACAAUUAAGGCACCUAUUUUCUAUUUCUCUAUUGUUCUUUCAUGCUGGCUUUCCCCUCCAGUAUUGUAAAUGUCGUUGGUACCGAGUUGAAUUCACUCAUCACUAUUGAAUAUUAUUUAUUUUCAAUAGGUACUGAUAUAGUCUAAUGAUGAUUAUUUUGUUGUCUUAUUUUUCUCUUUAUUUGAGAUGUAAUAGUAUAUUUAACAUUGUACGAUCCCAUGGUGUGAGAUUAACCUUCUGGUAGUCGCGCCCUACUCAAUCACACGAGCAGUCGCGUGUUGUAAUUUUUACAACGUCCAAUUUUCCAAGUGUUAUGUACUCUGUUUACUGUCAAAACAUUUUAAUUAAUUGUAUAAUUACUAUUCCCAUCUCAUUGGAUUAUUUUACGCCUAUAAACAUUUGGAUGAUUACCAUUUCGUAGACCAAAAAGGUACACCAAGCAAAGCCAUCAAUUCUGUGUUAUUGGUUCAUCUAUUGUCCCCGUAUAAAGUCUUUCCCUAUCAUACUUAUGCACUGUCGUGACUAAAUGGCACCUAAAGACUUGACCAUUGCUCGAUUGAUACUACAACUCAGUGGAGUGAUGGGGAGAAAGUUUUGGAAUGCAUAGGUGACUCAUUCACUGACACCACCGCAUUCAAUAGUUUUGUGCAGCAAAAAACUGACACUGUUGUACUCUUUACAACAACGCGACUACCGGAAGGUUAAGCAACCAAGACUGCUCAUCGUGGCUUCAAUGACCACUCAUGUGAUCAUCAGUGAUUCUUGUAAUUUUCAAGUCAUUACACUGUAAUGGAUGACACUAACAUUUCUCAGGUAUAAAUGUUUACUUUCAGGUGUAAUACAUUUACUUUCUAAACAAAGCAACGCUAUUGAAUGACAUGGGGCAAUAAUAUUUUUGAAAAUUGAUAACACUCUGCAGUUCAUAAUGGAUCCGAAACUCAAUAGUUAUUCUGAAUCUAGUACUAGUCGAAUCUAUCAUUUUCCAUAUUAUUUGAAAAAAUUGUUAGUUUUAUAAUUCAUUUCAUCAUUCGGUGGUAUGAAUCUUAUGUAUCUGCUUGAAUGACUCUCCAGAGACACAGAAGAAAUUAAUAUGCAUUUAAAACGUUCAUAUCAAUGGAUAAGUACUUACUAUUUAAGAAUGGAAAUGAGUUGAGAGUGGACACCUGUUCAAGAAGAAUCUUAUUAGAAAUUGUAUCAUAUCGUCACUCACAUGUCACUUGUCAACCAUAUUUUAACACGAUAUUUCUAAAAUUUCCUCACAAUAUCUUGUAUUAGUAAAACAGUUUUUAUUCUAUCGAUAACGGUGGAACAUUCAUACUAAGUUCAAAAUGUAACUACGCUAAAACUAUUAUAUCAAGUUUGAAUGUUGAAUCAUCACAAACGAAAAAAUCAUCAAGUAACAUGAUUUUGUUAACCUGUCGUUGUUUCUAUGAUAAUUGUAUUUACUGAUGUGAAGAAGUGUGUGUCAUGAACUCUUGUGGGUGAUUUGGGACAAUAUUUCAAAAAUAUCUUUAAUGGUUUAUCACCAAUGUAGUAGAAUAGUCCACAGAAUGAAUCAAUCGUAAUAAUCAGUGUAGUAGCCUUUACCAAUGUAAUUUAAAUUUGAGAUUAUGUAUUUAUAUGAAUAUAUAUUAUAUGAAAUAAUAUUAAUUAUAGUGUAAAAAACAACCCGAUUAUAAUGUAUAUGUCUAUGUUAAAAAUCUUGCAAAUCAAUUUUGUAUCGAAUAAAUCUGAAAUGUAUUUUGUAGUAGUGUGUACUGUAAACAAUGUGUAAACCCUGUUAUACAAAUUUAAUUAUUUGUUUUGAAUGUGUGUGAAAACUGACUUCGAUUAUCAUUCAUCGUUGUUUCAAAGCAAAACUCAUUUUAAAGUGGAGUAAACAUUUCACACGCAGGUUUUAUGUGAGUUUUUAAUGUGUGAAAAACCAUAACGCGUGAAUGUUUGAGCAACAUUUUAAUGAAAACUUGUUGCUUUCUCUGUUGAUAUUUGUGUAAGUCAUGAUCUAUCUAUUCAUGAAUAAAUUUUUGUAUUAUAUUGUGGAAAAUUGCAAUGUCUCUUCAUUCAUAAUGUUUAUCUGUAACUGAAAUAUUCUCUGAUAACUUGAAUAUUAUUAUAUUGUAAUUUGCACUUUUGCUGAAUGAUUAACUUUUACGGUGAAGCUUUGCGCACACCGACACCUAAUGAGUGCUGGAAACGGGAGCUGGACGAUUUUAAAGCCGAUUUUUUAAUGAAAAUCUGCCGCUUCCGUUUCCGCGUCGGUGUGCGAACAGCUCAACUCUCACAAUUGUCAAAGUCUGAUCUCCGAUCAAGAAUUCUCAUUAGUGAUCAGAGUUCAAAACUUGAUUGACGUUAAUGUAACUAGUAUACUAUUUCAUAAUAUGAUUGAAUGAUAAUUAUUUAUUUAUUUGGAAUUUUAUUAUUGCAUGACGAUAAUUUUGAAUUAAUAGAAACAAAUUAUUAAAUAGGAAUUAUUUUAAAUUUUGACUUGUUUUUGCUGUUGUAUUGGAAAAUUGGUGAUAUUUUGAAUCUAAUUCAAAUUACAGCAAAUCUUGUGAAUUGUAUAAACCCUUUUUUCUUUAAUACGGUAUCCAAUUCAUGUCUUGUUAGUUGAAUCGUAUGGAAGUGACUAAAUUGUUUUAGAAUAAUUGAAUAUUUUAUAAAUAAACAAUAACAUAUUAAUGAAAA